CAGAGGACAAAGGCGGCGCGCCGCCUGUGUCAUCCGCCAUUUUGUACGAAGCAAGGUGGCCUCCACGUUCCCUGAACGUCUUCUUCGCUUCUGCCUCGACCGCCCCUUGACCACGGACAUGUCUCGGGAUCGGUUCCGGAGUCGUGGCGGUGGCGGUGGCGGCUUCCACCGGCGCGGAGGAGGAGGUGGCCGAGGCGGCCUCCAUGACUUCCGCUCUCCGCCACCCGGCAUGGGCCUCAGUCAGAACCGUGGCCCCAUGGGCCCGGGCCCGGGCGGCCCCAAACCCCCGGGGUUUAAAGCCAACUUGUCUCUAUUGAGGAGACCAGGAGAGAAAACUUACACGCAGCGUUGCCGGUUGUUUGUUGGGAAUCUACCUGCAGAUAUCACGGAGGAUGAAUUCAAAAGACUGUUUGCUAAAUAUGGAGAGCCAGGAGAGGUUUUUAUCAAUAAAGGCAAAGGAUUCGGAUUUAUUAAGCUUGAAUCUAGAGCCUUGGCUGAAAUUGCAAAAGCUGAACUUGAUGACACACCCAUGAGGGGUAGACAGCUUCGCGUCCGUUUUGCCACACACGCUGCUGCCCUGUCUGUUCGUAACCUUUCACCUUACGUUUCCAAUGAACUAUUGGAAGAAGCCUUUAGCCAGUUUGGUCCUAUUGAAAGGGCCGUUGUAAUUGUGGAUGAUCGCGGAAGAUCUACAGGGAAAGGCAUAGUUGAAUUUGCUUCUAAGCCAGCAGCAAGAAAAGCAUUCGAAAGAUGCAGUGAAGGUGUUUUCCUACUGACAACAACGCCUCGGCCAGUCAUUGUGGAACCACUUGAACAGUUGGAUGAUGAAGAUGGUCUUCCUGAAAAACUUGCCCAGAAGAAUCCAAUGUAUCAGAAGGAGAGGGAAACACCACCUCGUUUUGCUCAGCAUGGCACAUUUGAGUAUGAAUAUUCUCAACGGUGGAAAUCUUUGGAUGAAAUGGAAAAACAACAAAGGGAGCAAGUAGAAAAAAACAUGAAGGAUGCAAAAGACAAGUUGGAAAGUGAAAUGGAAGAUGCAUAUCAUGAGCAUCAGGCAAAUCUUUUGCGCCAAGAUUUGAUGAGGCGCCAGGAAGAAUUAAGACGUAUGGAAGAACUUCACAAUCAAGAAAUGCAGAAACGCAAAGAAAUGCAAUUGAGGCAAGAGGAGGAGCGGCGUAGAAGAGAGGAAGAGAUGAUGAUUCGCCAACGUGAGAUGGAAGAACAGAUGAGACGCCAAAGAGAGGAAAGUUACAGUCGAAUGGGCUACAUGGAUCCAAGAGAAAGAGACAUGAGAAUGGGUGGUGGAGGAGCAAUGAACAUGGGAGAUCCAUAUGGUUCAGGAGGCCAGAAAUUUCCACCUCUAGGUGGUGGUGGUGGCAUAGGUUAUGAAGCUAAUCCAGGAGUUCCACCAGCAACUAUGAGUGGUUCCAUGAUGGGAAGCGACAUGCGUACUGAGCGCUUUGGGCAGGGAGGUGCGGGGCCUGUGGGUGGCCAGGGUCCUAGAGGAAUGGGGCCUGGAACUCCAGCAGGAUAUGGUAGAGGGAGAGAAGAAUAUGAAGGCCCAAACAAAAAACCCCGAUUUUAGAUGUGAUAUCUAGGCUUUCAUUCCAGUUUGUUUUUGUCUUUUGUUUAGAUACCACUUUUAAAUUCUUGCAUUUUAGUAAGAAAGCUAUCUUUUUAUGGAUGUUAGAAGUUUACUGACCUAAUUACUUGUAAAUGGUCUGUUUGGGCAGGUAAAAUUAUGUAAUGCAGUGUUCGAAACAGGAGAAAAGUUUUCCUUUUUAUUUCUUUUUUUUAACUGUAUAAUGUUCUCAAGUUAAUGGCAGUGUACCUUGUGCCACUGAAUUCCCAAAGUGUACCAUUUUUUUUUUUUACUGUGCUUCAAAUAAAUAGAAGAAAUAGUUAUAAUACUGAUCUUCAACUUUGCCAUUCAUGCUUCAAUGCACAUUAGGCUAGAUAUUCCACUUGGAUAGCAUGAGCGUGUUUAGGUCUUUCAAUGGCAUAUGCCGUUUCUGGGAAAUGUAUCUGGAGGCUAAGUAUUGCUUUCUAUAGAUAACUGACUGUCCCUUUGUUUUAAAAAAAGAAAUACAUAUUGAAGUAGUUCAUCAUUUGUUUGGCAUUAUAGGAAGCAAGCCGGUGCUAAGUAUUUUUUAAAUGGUAUGCAAAGCUGAACUGUAAAUCUUGAUUCAGGAAUAUGUAUUAAGAUUGUGGAAUUGGGUGUAAGAUUGGUAGGGGGAGAAAGUGGGUUCGGUUAAAUGCAUCCUUUAUGGCACUAUGAUCUAUCCUUUCCUUGAAAGUUUUUGAACAGUGGAAAGACCAUUUUGUUGCAUUUCCCCAUUCUUGUUUUUAAGAACAAAAAUCCCAAGCCCUAUAAAUGGCUUGUAUCGAACUUUUACAUUUGAAUUAAAGAUUGUUAAACAUAAAGCCUUCACAUGUAUUACUUGAAAGUAAUUUAUAACAAUGGAGUUUAGUCUGAAAAAUUCAAUUUGAAAGUAAGGUAUAAUUUUUAAAAGUAGGUUUAGCUCUAUACUUGCAUUCUAUUAACUUUUAUUUCUCUUUGUGCUACUUCUGUUGGGCAAAAUUUGUAGGACUAUAAAAAUAUAUAGGUUCUUAGAGCUAGUGGUGAGUGUUAACACAGUUGCAGGAUUACCAUUCCUGUUUUUACCUUUUGGGGGAGUGGGGGAUAUAGCUUAAAUCUGAAGAGUUGCUCAUACUGCACAAUGCAAACACCCCUUCCUCAAACCAUAAAGCUUAGGAUGUUUCUAUGGUGUUGUCAGUUAAUUGUCAACUUCAUUGAAUCUCCUUCCAUUAGAGCAAGAGACUUGGAUUCAAUAUUAGAGUGUUACUGUUCUCUGUGUACAAUGGGAGCUUGAUUCCCAGUGUAAAUGUUAGAGGGACAACUUCCUAACAGAAGCUAAAGAAACUGAAUGGUUUGGCUUUGUUCUUAAGUUAUGUUUCCAUUCAAGGCUGUACGUUAUAGACUGGACCAUGGAAUGCCUUCAUCCUUUUCACCUUUGUUCUUGGUGCUAAUUGGCAAAAGAAAAAUUAUAAAUGAAAUCUUUGUUAACAUGCCAAAGUUUAGUAUUGUGCCUUAGUACAAAAGGAGACCUAUUGAGUACCUUCUUUAUAGGAAGGAAAAUAGUACUUAAAGGGAAACUCUAGUGGUAUAUAAAAGCAUGUCAUCAAAUUCUGGUGUAUGAUAGGUACAUGGUAUGCAAAUUAAGGAAGAGAAUCUUCUUAGAAAAUGUGCUCAUUUCUAUUCACAUUUGGAAAUGGGUAGUUCUUCCAUAAUGAUAUCAAUGAGGAAGUUUUGCCCUGAGUCAUAAUUGGUAAUAUGAGAUUUUUCUGUAUGGAUACAAGGGUCUCAAUUUGAAGGGAGUCUAUUACAAUUUGGUUGAACUGUUCAGUAGGAACUCUUAAGAAUGAUAAGAGAAUUAGGGGUGUUCAUGGGACACCCACCAAAGGUGAACUUGUGAAUGUAUGUGGGUGGGGGCUGGAGGGGAAAUGGGAAAAUCUGCCUAUAAAAUUAAUGUUUCAGUUUAUUUUUCAGAUUACAUGCCUUUCUUUAUAAGGGAUGCUGGCACAGACCCCUAAAAUAAGCUUUUGGUAGUACUGUACCUUUGAAGAGUGGUGAAGGAUGCUAAUGGAUAAUCUGCUGAAAGUUGUGGCUUUGAUAGCCUUCUGUGGGAUGUAGAGAGCUAAACUUUGUUUAGCAAAUAAUGUUGCUUAGUUUCAACUGAGAUUUGACUUUCAUCACUAAAAGCAGCAGUAUACCAAGGUUGUAAGCUACUCAUAGACUUGCAGUAAGUCUAAUGUAUAUACAGUUCUUUGCCUAAUGGGAACUUAAAUAAUGACAUUUUCUAAAAGUUGACAAUGAAACUUGGGGUGGGAGAGGGAAGGUAAUUUUCAAGUGUUUUAGUCAUUUUUUUUUCAUUUAGGAGAGCACUUACCCCUAUUUCCUCCUCUUUACUUUUCUCUGUUUCAGAGGAACACUCAUUUUUAAAACUUUCCUAAUCUUUAAAUCUACAUUCUCUUUAAGACACUAGUCUUAUUUGAUAGGUAUAUUACAAGCUUAACCCAUUGGCUCGAAUUAUUUAGUAAAACCGUAAUUCUUUUUGCCUAGAACAUUAAGCUCUUUUAAGAGGUGUGAUAAGCCCCACCACUCUACAGAUGUGUUUAUACCACUAAUAUAAACAUAAUGAUUUGGGAAAUUGUAAUGUUACGCCUGUGCAAUUCUUACAAGUGGCAUAUUAAUGGCAGAUAAAACUUAGAUACUUGGCUUGGGCAAGCCACCAAGUUGGGCAGAAUGUUUUGCGGUGUUCUUGGACUGCAAUUAUGCACUAUUAAAGUAGUGGCCUGCUACAUAACUGCAUUUAGCCAGCAUUUCUGCAGUGCGUAACUGUGAGGAACGUAGUACCGCAAAUGGCAAUGGACAUUAGGACCCGGAUGUAGUAUUCCUGCUUGCUCCAAGAUUCUCAUUGCCGACUGCAUACAGGUAGGUAACAAGCAAUAUAAUCUAACUUGGUGACUUGCUAUGUACUUUUAUCCGUGGGCAUUCUGACAUCACACUUCUGACGAUGAAAUUACAGUGCAGCACCUAACACUUGUAUGGUAAAGUUAGCUUACAUCAAAACUGCGUGGGUCUGGGGUUAGAGUUGUAAUUUGUUAAGCAGAAUUCAGUGCUCUUGUAGUUCUCAGAUAAAAAGUGCAAACCUCUGAUUCUUUGGCAUAUCUAACUCAGUUGUGUGGUUUUCUUUAGUUGCAUUGUAACUGAAGAUAACAUGGAACACCAGUGGCGUGGGGGUGAGGGAACCAAACCAUACGUAAAAGUUAGGGUGCUCCCAGCACCUUAGCACGGACUGUAUAGCAUGUGAUAAUUAAGUCUCUGUGGUAGCAAACUGAUCUGCCUGCAGGUCAGCAAUAUUAAUUUCAGUCUGCAAUCUUGGUAACAAUUCUGUAAAUUGAGUGAAUUAAGACUAAAACUGCAGGGUUUUUUUUUUUUUUGUAAUGUGAUUGGAGAUUUUUUCAAACAUGGGCUUUAUGGGAAUGGACACUUAUGUUACUACUAAUGGGCUUAGAUGGGAGUCUGACGUGAAUAGUUCAGCUUAUGUGACUUGUUUCAAAAUGUUUAUACUCUAAACCUGGGGGAAAGUGGUAUGAAACAUUGACUUGCUUACAGUUGAUUACAUGUUGGAAUCAUUCCCAGUUCUAAGACUUCGUCGUAUUCUGUAGCACAACUGCAUGUUCAGAGCAGUUUUUUGAACUUGGUUCCCUUAGCCUUAGGGAUGUGAUGUUACAGUCCAAAAUGUUUAGUGACAAGAAAAUAAGUCUUCUAAAAGGCACUUUCUCUUGCUUUAGAACAAGCUUUGCAUCUUCAGACCUCAAUUCAACUUAACUUUGGUCUCUGAGCUGGUUUUUAGCUAGCAUGCAUGAGAAACAGCUUUCAGUUCUAAUGCUUUCUGCUCUGUAAUAAAAAAGUAGGUUUACCUUGCAUAAAUGCCAGUGAAAAUUUCAUGACUGAGAAUUUUCUUUGCUUGUAUCAAGAAAAAUGGCUUGCUGUUUGGCAAGCUGGUUACAAGGUGGGGACAGAUUUGUAUUCAAUGAUCCAUUCAAGCGAACAACUUUUUACUCUCCAAAGGGCUAAUGGUGAUGAAUUUAGCUUCUCCAUAUUAAUAUAAUGCAGAUCAAACAGUGAUCAUUGUCAGUGACACGAAUAUCACUAAAUUGCAAAGAACCCUGAUGGGGACUUUGGAGGGUUAUAAUCCUUUAAAUCGGCAGCUAAUACUGGCUGCCGUGGUUUAGUGAUUCAGAAAUGAAAGCUCAGAUUUAUUUCUUAACAGCCAGUAGUAACAAUUUUCAGAGAAUGUAUUUGGUGUAAUGUAUAAGGAACAUUGUUGGGGUGGGAGUUAAUUUUGCUUUGUCUGCUUUAAGAUUAGGUUAUUGCACUUCAGAAUGAGAGAACCAAUUUGAAUCAAUAGUUAAAAUUUAUAUGUAGCUAUAAAUUGUGACUCUUAGUGCAGUGGCUUUUUAAAAAGUACUCUAACAGCUGGGAAUUAAAUGGGUUUCAGUAAUAAUGAUAUAUACUGAGGUGCUUGCAUUGUAUUUCAUAACCUUUUACAAACUAAAAUUAUUCUUUUCAAUGGGAAGAGUGAGUUCAGAGGUGUGAUGUCAGAAUGUAUUUCGUACUGUUAGGCCCUUGGAAACAUAGCGGUGCUUUCUGAAAGAUGAAAGAAAUGCAAUGGGUGCUCUUCAUGCAAGGUUGCAAAUCUACAAAGAAUGCAUAAUAGUCUCACUUUCCCUAAUAGAGAUGCGUGUGACUAGUUUUGGACUUUUAACCUUAAUGGGGGUUGCAUGUCUCCUAUUGUUAAUCAUUGUCAGCUGCAGUGACAAGAUCCACAGUCCUGCAUUUACUGCCUUUUCCUCAAUGAUUUUGGACAGGUUUUAGGGAGACACGGGGCGUUUGUUCUGGGCCUUUACUUGGUUUUGGCUUUAGCUGAUCAUGUUUCAGUGCUGUCAGCUAGUGCAGUUUUCAAAUGGCUGCCUAUUAGGGAAAGAAUUGAGGAUUUGACUGUUCCUAAUCAUCUGUCAUUGCUGCUAGAUAAUGAUUUGCAAUUUUUAAGACUGUGGAAAUCUCACAGUUGGUGAUAGACCAAACAAAAGUUGGAUUUGAACACCAGUGCUGAAACUAUUUUUUGAGGGUGAAAAAGGGGUUGGACGUAGAAUAGAAUAAGAAUAAUCUGGAGAAUGGGGAAAAGAAUGCAAAACGAUAUAGUAUCCCUUAUGAUGGUACAUGUGCAACAGGGAAUUCUAUUUCAUGUAGCUGUGGCAGUAAUGAUACAGGGAGGAAGAAAUACCGGGAACUUGAAUUAAGGUUGAUCUGAAUUUUUUUUUGUGCACUGUGGCCCUGCUGUAGGCAUACAGUGAAGGUGAAUGUCUCUUCCCUUGGAAAGACUUGGGUUCCUUGCUGCCCAGUAAGGCAUAGCUUUCUGGCCCUAACUUAAAUCUCAGUGAGGACUUGAAAGGGGAAGUAUGAGGCAGUACAUCAGGAUUGCAGGGCACUAGCUGCAGUGUGUGUACUGUGGGAAAAGGGUAAAAGGACUGUGGGAGGACUCCUGCUGAAGGUGGUUAGCCCACCGAACAUGGAAGACAUACCUGAAUGGGGGAGCAGGGUAUGGACUUUCAUAUGAGGAGAGCUGAUAAAAACUUUGGGUGAGGUAAACGUUGUCACAUACCUUCACAUAAGGGAUAGUAUAUUUUGGGUUGCAGUCAAAACUUCAUUGUGCUCAGACUGGUGAAAGUAGGACUUAGGCGUUUGCAUUUUAAGGAAGAUACAAUUUUGAUUCUAAUUCUAGUGUCUACUUAGAAUAAUUUUAGAUUCCCCCCCACCCAUGAAGUUUCAUUCUAUUUUUUUAUGCUAUAACUUAUCCCAAUCUUUUGUCUCUGGAAUUUUACUCUUUAAAGUUAACUAGCAUUUUCAAACCUUUAUCGUCAAUCUUUGUCUCAUAUUAACUUUUUUGUAUUAUUCUUUAGGUAAGAAUGAUUGAUGUUGGCUGAUGUUUGGCGUGCUCAUUCACUUGAAGUGGAUAUGAUAGUUUGUUCUCAAGACAUCAACCCAGCAUGAGCAAAGAAGGAAAGCCACAAGUUAAACUGCAAAAUGUUGGGGAGCUGGGUGAGCUGUGUCUAGGAAACCAGAAAAGGAAGAGUACAAAGAGCAGUAGAGAACUUAUUUGCCAUUAAUAAAGACAUUUAAAAGUG